GCAUCACCUGCGUUUUCGUGGCGGUCCAGCUUGUUUGCUACCGUCGCCUUGGUCCCAUUUUCCAGCGGGUUUGCUCGCGUAACAACCCGGAGACCGACGAACCACCGACCCACACCGACAACACGACCGUCGAUGACAACGCCAGCGUGAUGACCGGAAGUGACGACAGCCAGUCGGUGGUGGUGGACAUUGAUGACGACACUGAUCCGAAAGCAUGCGCAGUUCGCCCUCUGUCGUUAGCAAGCUCCACUGAAACUCUUCGGGACACAUUCCGUGAUGCGCAGGUCUACAUCUCCGAGCACAUCGGGAUCAACUGGCGGUCCCUGUCCAACCACCUGCCCGGCAAACGCCUGACCGAGGUCCAGCUGGACUGUAUCGUGGAGGAAAACCGUCUGGUCGCCGAUAGAGCCAUGAAGAUGCUGGUUCAGUGGAAACAGCUGAACGGUAGCAAGGCUAACAUAGAAAGAAUGGCAAAGGGCCUGGACGCCUGCGGUCAGAAAAAGAUAGCUCGGAGGGUCAGGGAAAUGGGUCUGUAG